GUGAAGCGCGCGGCGCGCUGCAUUCUUCAGUUCAGGUGGGAAGCCAGGAGCAGGCCUGGUCUGGGCUCCCAGGCGAUGGAGCGCGUGUGGCGUGCGUGGGACGGACAGUCCGUAAAUGAGAACCAGUCAGACUCGCCGGGAGUCGCGGGUAUGGUAGUCUCCUGGCUCAGCAGGGCUGAGUGGGAGCAAGUGACGGUUUAUCUGUUCUGUGAUGAUCAGAAAUUGCAGCAGUACGCGCUGAACCGAAUUACAGUAUGGAGGAGCAGGUUAGGCAACGAACUGCCCCUGGCAGUGGCUUCUACAGCUGACCUGAUACGAUGUAAGCUCCUGGAUGUAGCCGGUGGCUUGGGCACUGAUGAACUUAGACUGCUCUAUGGCAUGGCAUUGGUCAGGUUUGUGAAUCUUAUCUCAGAGAGGAAGACCAAAUCUUGUAACCUUCCCCUCAAAUACCUGGCUCAUGAGGUGAACAUUCCAGAGUGGAUUGUUGAACUUCGCCACAAGUUGACCCACAAGAAAAUGCCCCAUAUAAAUGACUGCCGCAGAGGUUGCUACUUUGUCCUCCAUUGGCUCCAGAAGACAUUCUGGAGCCGUCAACUAGAGGACAGUCUGAAAGAAACCUGGGGGAUGGAAGAGGACCAGAUAGAAGCAGAUGAACCUGAAGAAGAGGAAACUGAAAUCAUUAUUGAUGAUAUAAUUGAAGAGAUACCAGCGUUUCAGGAUGACGACAAAAGUGAAGAAUUGGCUGUCACAGAUGAUGCAAACACUAAAGGCAAUGAAGAGGUGGCUUCUCAUCCAGAACUAUCUCCAAGACAUAAGGAGUUGUAUGAAAAAGCACGAGAAUUGCUGGUAUCAUAUGAAGAGGAACAGUUUAAGGUGCUGGAGAAAUAUAGGCAUUUACUUCAGGCUAUUAAGGUGUGGAAUAACCUUUCUCCACGUGUACAAGGUAUCCUAGAAGAACUCAAGAGCAUUUCAUGGGAGAACAGGGAUGCUGUACUGGAUGCCUUUCUAGACGAUGGCUUCCUCAUUCCCACUUAUGAGCAGUUGGCAGCGUUGCAGAUAGAGUAUGAAGAUGGUCAGACUGAGGUCCAGAAAGGGGAAGUUACUGAACCAAAUUCACACAAAAACCUCGACUUGAAUGAAGUGUUGGUGCCAAAGCCCUUCUCUCAGUUCUGGCAGCCCCUGCUCAGGGGCCUGCACUCCCAGACCUUCACACAGGCCCUGCUAGAGAGGAUGUUCUCUGAGUUGUCUACCCUGGGGAGAACUGGGAUCCGGCCUACCUACAUCCUUAGAUGGACCGUUGAACUGAUCGUGGCCAACACCAAGACUGGACGAAAUGCUCGGCGGUUUUCUGCAGGCCAGUGGGAAGCAAGAAGGAGCUGGAGGUGUUCCACUUUUCCCCUGGACUGGCCCCAGGUGAUCGAGGCCUGCUUGGGCUCACCUUGCUGGGCCAGCCUCCAACUCCUUCAGGUAGUCUUCAAAGCCAUGGGAGAGGUCUUGCCAGAUGAGGAGCAGGAGAAGCUGCUUCGAGUCUGCUCCAUUUAUACUCAGAAUGGAGAGAGUAGCUUGCCAAAGGCCGUCGAAGGCUCCGCCGCCUCCUCCUCCUCCUCCUCCACUGGGAAAGCUCCAUACACGCUGGAUACCUUACAUCAGGACCUCCAGCCACCUGCUACCAACUGUGAGUCUGAAGGAAAUACUCAACAGAAGGAGCAAGACAGCCUUACGGAUGUCAAGCCAGAGGAGGAGGAAAAGGAGAAUGUGGAGGAGGAGGAGGAGGAGAAGGAGGAGGAGGCAGAGAUGGAGGAGGAGGAGAAGGAGGAGGAGGAAGAACAGGAGCAGGAGGAGCACCAGGAGGAAGAACAGGAGGAGGAGGAGGAGGAGGAGCAGAAGGUCUUUCAAGAGCAGAUGGAAGCAGAUGCAGAGGAAAGUGACGGCUUAGGAGAGGAGGAGGAAGUAGAUGAGGAUGAAGAUGAUGACGAAGAUGACGACUAUGAUGAUGAUGAUGAUGAUGAAGACGGAAUGGAUAUGGGUGGGUUCUCUCUCCUACAGGGAUCCUAUGUUCUUGAGAACACUAGGAUCAUGUCUCAGAAAAGAGAAGCUUUGCAGGGUUCAGCAUGGCAACUAAGCUCUGACGAUGUACGAUGGGGUAUAUUCCCUAUCGGCCGAGUACCAGGUCAGACUGAGGACCCAACAGAGCUUAUGCUGGAUAAUUAUGACACCAUGUAUCUUUUGGACCAACCUGUACUAGAGCACCGGCUAGAACCCCAAAAGUCUAAGAGUAGCACUCUGGGCCUAUGCUGUGGCAGCAAUAACAAUGGCGGUGCUGGCAACAUGGAGGGCCUUCUCUGGAACCAAGGACAAAUGCAUGGGCUCAAAGCUGGCCUGCAGCUCUUCUGAUGGCUGUCCUGAUGCAAGUGUCCAUGUAGCCCUGCCACUGUCACAGCUCAGUCCAGAAUCCACCCAUGGUACAGAGUGGACAACCUAAGAGACAGAUCAGCCUUAUCAAUUCCGCUGUCGACCACAAUGGAAAUUAGAAUGAUUCCCCCCAUUUUCUGUUGUGUUUUGAAAAAUAAUAAACAGAUUUUUGUCAUGGUG